AUGUCUGCAGGGAUCACAUGCGAUGUCCAGCGAGUGUAUUCACAACUUAAGUUCAUCCAGAGACAGACUGACCAGACUCCUGAUGAGGCCGCACAGCUGGAGGAAGACAUUCACAAAGUUAUUGAUCAAAUCCAGUCUUUGUCCGGUGGAAGUGAGGAUAAACGCAGCUUCAGCGCCUCGACUCCAGCAGAGGACUUUGACUUACACGCAUAUUACAAUGCCAUGGGUAACGUGUACGCUCUCUUUCAACCACUGCUGAGAGAAGGAUUUGUAGAUGACCUCCCCAGAACUGUCAUCUGUAUUCUGUCUGGGAGGCAGGACUGUGGACUGGUGGCAGAACUGACAAAGACCGUGUCUCUGGAGGUGGUCCGGCCGCUGCUGAUGUUUGUGUCGUCCCUGAGAUCCCAGACGUGCUCUUCCCUGAACGGAGACGGAGACUCCAGCAGCUUCCUCAGGGCCUACCUCAGGACGGGAGAAUCAACGUCAGCAGCGUUUAGUGGUCUUCAGGAGAUGUUCAUAAAUAUACUGUCCAGUCUCCCCCUCUCUGGGAACUUGCUGAACGUCGUCAGCCGCCUCGUGGACUCGGCUGUGACGUACGUCUCAAAGUUCAUGGCAUCGUUCCUCCAAGUGCCGAUGGACUACAUCAAAAUAGCUUUACAGUUUGGAAUCAGAAUACCAUCUUUAGAUGGAAGAGAGGACUGUGAGCAAGGAGAUCUCAAGCAGCUCAUUAUGUGGGGGGUGAACCACAAUGUGAGCUGGUCCUUUGGUCCCUCCAUCAUUGACAUCCUUCUUGAAAUCUUCCUGGCACCUGAACAGCCUCUGUGCACAUAUCCGGGGCCGGAGUGCCAGACUCCCACCAUCCCUUUCCAACGCAGCCUCUCGGAGGACACUGAUAACGACCACGACGUCAUGCUAAAGUGUGAUCGCAACAACCUGGCCAGGUUCAACGACACACUGUGUGCGAACAUGGGUUCAGGAGCCGGGCGCUCACCGUCUGUGCACACUCUUUGCGAGGCGCUAAAGUCCCUCAGCCCGAACCAGAUAGAGCAGGUGUGGAGCAACAUGUGUUAUGUUAUUCAAGCACUGGUGUCUCCACUCCUCAGCAGGUCACCCGACUGCAGUGUUGGGCUCACACAUCCUUCCCCGGCCGUCCCCCCUCCCUCUGAGAACCUCCUUCAUCGAGCAGCCAGAGAAGCCUCCAACCUCAAACAGCUCGCCUGCAAUUACAACACCUGGUUAGAAGAGCAGGCAGUGGACGCUGUCCUCGUGUCGCUGUGCAGCGACAAUGAGCGUGAGGAGUUUGUGAAGCAGGUGUGUAACAAUGCUUUAUUGAUGAGGAGGCUGCUGUCUGAUAAGAUGAACAGCUGGCUGUAUGGAUACUGUGGGAACUCCUCCGUAGACCCUGGUUACAUGGUGAGCCAGUUCUGCAUCUAUGAGCAGUGGAUUGACCAGCCAUCAGUCCCCGUAGACCCCGCCUUACUGGAGUUCUGCAUGAGUCUGGACAGCCCUCGACUGAACAAGCUCAUCUGUGAGCACACUGGAUUCUUCAUUCUUUUAUUCUCCAACCCUGAAAAUUUGAGGUUCAUGCCUAACUGCACAGUCUUUCCCCCUCCAGCACCACUCCCCGACAUGGACUCAUCUAUGUUAGAGUCUUGUCGUUACUCAGAGUGGCACGACGUGACACAGAUCACCACGGACGUUUUGACUCAGUGCGUCCGCCUCGAUAACAGCGGUUUCACUCAAGAGGUUUGUUCUAACAAAACCUUUCUGAAUGCUCUGCUGGGUAACCAGGCAAACGCCUGGCUCGACAAUCACUGCAACUCCUCUCUCAGCCUCUUGCCCUCUGAGCCCACGCAGCCCUUCAGCAUCACAGACUGGUGUGACUACCACACGUGGGGGGAACGGCAGGUGGACAGUUCAGUGAUCGGCCUCUGCUGGCAGUCCGAUCAGCUCGCGUUCCAGAAGAACGUCUGCUGCAAAGCGUCUGUGUUUGAAAAACUGUUGCAAGACCCUCAAAACAAAUGGCUGACGUCAGUCUGCACGGACAUUAAAGAAAUAGAGGAAACAGCCAUGUUACCUCAGGUGUGUAAGUACUCUGAGUGGACCCGUCCCAUCAUCGUGGACAUGACUGAACUGGCUCUCUGCGCUGAGAAUGACCCACUUAACUUUACCACCAAAGUCUGCACCAAUGAUACCGUCCUCCAGAACCUGUUGGCCAAUCAGGACAACACCUGGUUAAUACAGCACUGUGCCAACCAUUCAGAUCCAGGGGUAUCUCCUGGCGGAGAUGAGGGAGAAGGAGGAGGCUUGACUGGGUUCAACCCUGCUGAGCAGUGCCAGUACUCCAGCUGGACCAUCUCUGUCCCAGACGCAGCCCUGCUGACCCUCUGCUGGGAGCAAGACCAGACCAAUUUCAUCUACUCUAUCUGCCCCAACGCUGGUCUUCUCUUUUUGCUAUCCCAGGAGCCAUCUAGUAAGUGGGUGGGCAGCACGUGUAACACCUACACCAACUACACCACCACUACUAACAACAACAGCAGCAGCACCACUGCAGAUCCAGAUGCGUGCCUGGCCAGAGACCUGGUGAAGCGUUUCAACUGGUCCUGCUCAGCUGACCUCACCCGUGCCUGCCAGCCCGGGGCCAGUCAGAACAUGGCCCUGCAGAUGAUGGUGCGCUGCUGGGUGGAGAGUCUAAGGUCCAGGGUCGAGGAUCUGCUGUCUCCACCUGUGACCACAGUGUUGGAGCAGGCGGUCAGCACCACUGUGGUGAUCCUGUUGGCCCUGGAGGAGGUCCAGAACACCUCGCUGCACGUCACCGAGAACAUCAGGCUGAGUGUGUUGACCACUGUCGUCCAGUAUCUCGAUAGGGAGACCAACUUUGACAAAAAGAGGGUCCUGCUGCAGUGCUUUGGGAGAGUCUUAACCAGCUUGAUGCAGACAGCGAGAGACGUGACCAGCGAUGAAUUCUUCGUCAUCAAGGAGUACUUCAAUAUACCGCUGAGCAACCUGAAGUCAGUGCUCAGUCCAGCUCACAUCACCACCGUCAGACUCAUCCUUCAGUAUUACAGCAGGAACAAGGACAGUCUGCAGCUGCCCAAACAGUACCUGUCCACCAUGGUGUCAGUGCUGUUCCAGACCCACCUGGCGAAGGAUGGCAGUCUCUUCCCGGAGCUGGCUCCUCUGCUGGCUGCGGCCACACCAAGUGACAUCCAAGCUCUGCCCUCGCUGCAGAACAAUGUAAAUGUGAGGGACACCAUCAACAGAAACUUGCGGCACAUGACUCUGGACCAGCGGCAGGCGUUCGGCUCGUGGUUCAGCAAAGCUCUGCCCCCGUCCGACAUCAUCAGAGGUCAUCAAUCACUCAUAAGGGACACUGGAAACCUGAUUGCCUACCUGCCCUUCCACAACUUCCAGCACCUCUCACCUGCUCAGCUGUUGGACGGGCUGGAUGUGUUGCAGAGAAACACCCUCACUUCUCUCAAGCAGGAGUUCAUCGCUCACAGCGUCAUCGGCAUCUACAGAAACCUGACGGCUCAGGACUUUACCAGGCUGGGUGCUAUCUCGUGCCUGGCAGACCCAGAGGACCUGCUCGUGUACAAAGACACCGAGGCGUUCAGAGUCAUCAGGGACAUCGUCAUGAACUGCACACGAGAGGGACUGAGUCUGCCCAGCAGUCUGUUUUCCAGUUUGCUACUGAACAACACAGAGUUGAAGAUCCCCUCCUCGCUCAGUCCUGGUCGCCUGGCAGAGUUCGCCCCCCUCCUGCCUGCGCUGGGUGUGCCUUUCCUGCAGGAUCUCACGCCAUCGCAGCUGCUCGAUGCCCUCCCGGCGCUCAGCUCUGUUUCAUUCAGCCCUGCACAGGCCGCCGUGAUUGUCGACAAGAUGUCCUCGAUUAACUCUCUGACCGCUCCAGGCCAGCUGCAGGAGCUCGGCCCCCUCAUAGUGGGAAUGAAGACGGAGACCUUGUUGUCGCUGACCUCUGACAGGCUGCUGUCGUCCCUGCCUGCCAUGGCCCAACACAUGCCUAGCCACUGCUCGCCACAAGCCAACGCUGUCUCCACCAAAUUAUGGGGCUUCCCAGAAGUGGUUGGCUGGCUGGAUGAAGUGGAGCCUUUGCUCUACUGCACACCUCUGCUCAGCGUCAAGCCCAGGACUCGUCCGCUUGUGAACAUCACUGCUGCAUUUACGAAACCCUGGAACACUCAGCAGGCUAAAGCAAUUUUCAAAGAGGUUCUUGAUGCUAAACCAAACUUAAUCACCCAAGAUUUUCUGAGUCUGGGAACUGUUGGUCAGGGCAUGAGCUGCCAAGUGUUGCAGGAACGUCUUCGGGCAGACUCAUCGCUUUCCUCAGUGAGAAGAAUCGUGGCCUUCCUCAGACAGCAGCCUCGUCCUCUUCACACCUCACUGAAAAACUGUGUGAUCGAGGAGCUGUAUCAGUUUGAGUUCUUCCCUGACCUGCUCAAAGAUCUCGGGGCUGAGAUCGCCCUCUCCAUGCCGGUGAGCACCAUUAAGAAGUUUCCAACAGAUACGAUGAACACUCUGAGGAAGGUAAUCAUUUCGGACCAGUUUCUCAUGCUGUCCAGAACAAAACAGGAGCUGCUGGUGGACAAAAUGGUGCAGAGGAUGGGUAUGUAUACAGGGGUGUUCACCGAGGAGGAGUUUCGCUCACUGGGCAUGAUGGCGCCGUUUGUGGUGGAUGAGGUUUUCAUUCAGCUGGACCGCCGCUUCUUCAUCAACAACCUGGACUUCCUGCGGGGGCUCUGCUACAGCAGCACGAAGAUGGACAUCGUGGCUCGCAUCCUAGAAGAACCUGCUGUCUUCGGCCCGGUCAAGAACUGGAACCAGACAACACUGAGCCAGGUGGACCGCUUCCUCUUCUUCCUGCCUAACAACAGACUGCAGGAGAUCUCCCUGGCGCUGAUGACUGUGGGCCGUAUAGAGAAGUUGUUUAUUAGCCAGCGACGGUGGGAGCGUGGGGAUGUGGGGAUCCACUGCUCGGACGAGAGCGAGAGGAGGAGGAUUUUUGAGAAGCAGCAGUUUGUUCUUCAGUUUUUCCUGGGCUUCCUCAAAAUACAUCCCACAUCACCAACUCCGAUGAUUCCCACCUGUGAGAUUCUACAUACAACAGCUCCCUCAGCCUGGACCUCCAGCAGUCUGACAAGCAUGUCCUCAUCCGCCUUCACCAACUGUCUCGAGCUGAUGGGUCGUGACCCGUUCUUCGCUUCCUACCAACGCAGCCAGGUGCUCAGCAGAGUCAAACAGAUAUAUGGUCCUGUCUCGUCCUUCUCCCAGUCUGUGAUCUCUCAGCUGGGUGGAAUAGCCACACAGCUGUCACUAGAGGAGCUGAGCAGCCUCCGACUGACUGAGCGGAGGAGUGUUGCUGCUCUGGGUUCUGUGAGUUCCUGGAGCAACAGACAGCUGGCCGCCCUGUUCACCACCAUAUUAAACUCCACCAAGCUGAGUGUGAGCCAGUUCGACUCCAGCAUGCUGGAGGCGAUGGGACACAUCGUCUGUGGAGCUAAAACCACGGAGAUUCGUUUGUUCAAUGCCGUAGAGUUCAGUAAGGCGGUGCUCUGGCUGGGUCAGCUGAGGCUGUCCUGCUCAGAGGAGCAGCUGCUGGUGCUUGUUGAACUUCUGACCCACAGUCUUGCUUUUGGACCCAUAAGUUCAUGGGGAACUGAUGUUUUCAUUGAGAUCGGAGUUCUGGCAGCUGGUCUCCCAGACAUGGCUAUGUCCGCCUUGGUUAAAGCACAAAUUGAAGGAAUCACACCUGAGGCUAUCUCAAUGAUACCACCUGAUAAAUUUGCCGUGGUGUUUCACCAGAGACAGAUCAGUAUGUUCUCCUAUGAGCAGGCUGCAGCAGUGACUAAGGCACAGCUCGCUGCUAUGACUGAACUUCAGAGGAGAGCGCUGGCGAUGGUGCUGACACCCUGGGAGGACAGGCUGGCAGAUUUUAGAGGGAGGUCACUGGGGUUGGCCCUGAGCCACAGUCCGCUGUGUCUCUUCCUGGGACUGCUGAUGUUGCUGAUCGUCCUGCCCUGCCCUGAUUUGAUCUGCCCCGGCACAUGACCCUACUCACCCCUGCUGGAGCAGGAGACACCUCCCUGCGCCCACGUAACAAAGAUAAUCUCUGAUUUAUCUGUGCAAUAUCAUACCUCUUUUGAAAUAAGCAGCACUUCAGGAUUUCGAUAUACUGUAUUUAAUGACAUUGUAAUUUAUUUUGUGCAACAAUCACUUUGACAACGUUCAGCACUGGAGGAACCAAAUAUAAAGUUUAAUUCAGAAAAGAGAAAAACAGCACAGUAUCGACAUAUAUUGUAUCCACCACUCUAACCAACACCAACAGAAUUAUAUUCAUUAUACUUGGAUUAUUUGUUUUAUUUUUUGAUAAACCCCUCUGCUGUCCCAAUAUAUCCUUCUCAGGGACGUGACGCCAUACCCAGCAAAUCAACCCAAACACUUAAAAGCUUCUCUCUCUCUCUCUCUCUCUCUCUCUCUCUCUCUCUCUCUCUCUUUUUAAUAUCGUUAUUAUACUGCUGUUACUGCUGCAUAGUGUUGCAAACCUACAAAGUGAUUUAUUUUUGUGAGAUGAUAUCAUAUUUUUGUCAGAGUUAGAGCUGUAAUGUUUGCUACAUUUAUACUGUAUGUCUUGGUUAGAUAAUAAGUAUAUAAUGCUCAACUUCUACUAUUUUUGCUGUGAGUUUUGUAUUGUUGUGCACACUCUCUGGUGUGAUAAAUAUAGUUUAACUUAUUAAAGUGAACCAAUCUGCCUCUGAUUGACCGCUUAUUUAUGUUUUUACUUUAGUACAGUGGAAUUGUUUAAAACUAUCUUAUCAUAGUUAUUGUCAGUACAUCACAUCUGCAUUUAAAUGUUGUUCAAUAGGAUACCUUAGAAGAAUAGAAAGAUAUAAAGACAAGAUAAAUGAGUACUUUUCAUCAAGAUGUUAAGAAACUAUGUAUAUUUAAAUGUACUUACAUUUAUUUGGAUUGCAAAAAAAAAAAAUCCUCAGAUCUUGUUUAUACCUUACAUAUGAAAUUAUAGUUUGUAAUGUAUAAUAUAACUUAUUAGGUUUGGUCAAUUAAUGGCCUGGUUGAUUAUCAGAUCUGAUAUUCAGCAUUUUCAUGGUCAUUUUUUUUAAUCCAAUAAAUAAUAAGAUACAUGUAUUUAACAAUGCACUGCUUUGGCUCUGAUGUAGCAUGCAAUUUGAAAAGUAACUAGUGACCACAGUUGUCCAAUAAGAGUAGAAGAAAUUUGCUUCCAAACAGUAGAGUGAACUGGAACAGUGGGAAAUGUCUAGUAAAGUACAAAUACCUCAAAAUGUUUUACAUAUGUAGGUCUACAGGAGGAUACUUCAGUAAAUUUAGGCUACUUAGUUACAUUCCAUCACUGGAGGUCUACAAACUACUACAGGCAAGUGAAAGUAUAGAGAAAAGAGACAGUAUUAGGUUCAGUGGUAGAUUUAAAGGGACAAUAUAUAGUUUUUUGGAGAAGAAUUUUAAACCUAGAAUUUUACCAUGAGGUAACAAUACAAACUCAGAAAUAUGUAUUUCUUCCAUGUCUGAAUAAAUGAGCUGUUCUCAGAGGAAAAUAAGGUCUUCAGAACACUGAAGCUACAAAUGUGGCAAGGUCCGCCAUAUAUAAACAAAGUAAAACAGUAUGAGAUUGUGCCGUCCUUUAAAGUAAUAAUCUUGAAGUUUUUCAUGUAAUUAAAUAUCUGUUAAGUCACGAUCUAUCGCAGGAUGAGGUGAAACAGUGGUGACUGAGCCCUUGGCCCACUGAUGAAAGCCCUUUGCAUUUGCUGUGAUACCAAAGAUGUACACUGGGUGUCGGUGGCCACGUUCCCGGAAAAUAUCACAAGCGGCGCACAAUUAGCGACAAGUUCACCCAGCAGUGGUUGGUCAGCCAGAGAGAGCAGGUGGUUCGCAUCAUAAUGACCGGUAUAAGUGAGCCUCACGUUAGACAACGGAUAAAUAACAUGAUGUUACUUUU